AUGGAAAACGACCCAUUUGCUCCAGCGCCGACCCACGAUGAAGGACGACUCAAGAAAGGCCGCCUGGCCAUGGGGAAGCUCUUCAAGGGGAGCCGAGAUCGAAAAGUAUCCAACGAGCAGCGCCAAGGGGAGCUCGACGCUUUCCUCCACGGGCCUGGCGAUGUCCUACAAGUCAACCAUGCAGCUCCACCGCCUCUAGCCAAGCUCGAUAUCACCAGUGCCACCCGAUAUCCCAAUGCCCUCAAUGUCCAGGAUCCUGCCCAGCAAGGGCUCUCCCUGCGACCUCGCACACACAGCCCCCACGCAAGACGGCGCAAAGGCCUCGUCGUCCGCUUCGUGGAUACAUUCCCCGAGAUCAUCGGCGAAGGAGGCGAUGAAUCGGAGAUCCCCGUGGUCGAGAUAGGCAACAGGAGGAGGGCAAAGUCAGCCCCAAUCGCGACUCUACAUAGGCCAACGGACCUCCAAUCCCGAGCCCACUCAGACGUCAGACAAGGUGAUGACAACGAUGAUUUCAGGCCUGGGAUGCUACGGCGAGCACAGACUGGCUACAGCUCGAUCUCAGAUGCCCCGGAGAGGGCUGUUCCGGCAGGUCAGCCUGCCUCGGCGCCUUUUCUCGACUCUCCUGUCGUCUCAAAGGACGAAAAGCGAAGGUCCUUUAUCGAAGUUCACCAGGCGCAACAGCGAGAGGCAGAGGGUCUCGCUUUCGCGCAAGCGGUGCGUUCUGCGAGCACUGGGGCGGAAGAGCAGCUCGAAUCGAGACAGCCGCCAGUCUCGCCCUUGAAGGACAUGCCUCCUUCGCAGAGAGCAUCACCGCCUCCUAUCAUGGUCGAGGAUGCGGCGCCGCGCAGCUCCCUGUCGGCAGAGCCACCCCAAAAUCUGCAAACGUCGCCUCAAAGGCAGGUCGUACAACCAGCGAACAUAUCUCCUCUCCCCUCUCCUCAGCGUUCUCCCAUGAUGCCCGCAGCCCAGCUUGCGCGACCCAACCAACCGGAUAUCCGACUGAGGAUCUCCCCCCUGGACCACAGUCCGGCUUCGGUGCAAUCCGCCGCAUCCACUUUCAGCCACCCCUUCAGUGUGUCCAGAAAUAAUAGCAAGAUUUCGGACAGGGGCAAUGGAUCGCCAUCUUCACCCCAGAAAGCGACCCUGGCUGAUCCUAACGAUGACGCUUUCCAUACUUUUGUGGUGCGCACCCGGCACUUGUUCGAGCUUUUCCGCCUACACUCCGAAACUCGCGUCCCCCUAUCGUCCUGUACCUCUGAAAUGAUGGCACGAGCUGCAUUGUGGUGGUUUUUGAAAGGGCGAAUGGCUCUCGAGUCUGUGAUUAGGGAACGGCCUGCCAGCCCGCAGGCGCAGAAUGCUGUUGAGAUGUCGCGUCAACAAGCUUACGCAGACCUUGCAAAGAGCUACUGGCUUUCAGAAGAGAUUCUCCCCGAGACUCUGGACACCAAGCAGACCCCUGUCGAUGGUGAGGUUCAAGAAGUCCGCCGAGCAGUCACUUCGAAUCUACGGAAGCUGGCGGGGUCCAUGCAGAGAAACGGCUUUCUGCCCGACGAGGAGGCGUUCUUACCCCAGACUAUCGAAAAGUCGAUCUGGAUCGAGUACCCUUCUCUCAGCAGGGAUGUCGUUGCUUUGCUCUGGGGCAGCUGGGUCUCCGCGCUGGCCUCCUCACAGACACUCGUCCCGCCGAUGACUAUUUUGGAAGCUCUCCCGCUCGGUGACACUCCGCAGGCAUUCAACUUUGGCCGCAUGCCAGCCGAAGUCUUCUUGAUGGAACAAGGCGUUGAAUCCCAAAACUUCUAUCUCCCCUGCUUGAUGUCCAUGGUCCGUCCACUAGACCAGGCGACCCUGGUUCUCGUCCUCUCCAGUCAGGAUGGCACGGUGCAGCUUCGAGUACAAUCAAAGAAGAACAAGGGCUCUACCUGGGAUGAUGUCCGGUGGCGAAAAGAGGCGUCUAGCCUCGAAAUUGCGCUCCCGAGAAACCUUAUGCUCGCGAUCCGCUUGACUCCUCACGACUUCAAAUUACUCUGGAGCAUGUAUGACUUUGGCAACAAGGUCCAGUCCACACUGUACCCGCGCAACGACGAACAGCCAAUUUUCAACACCACUCUCAAAGCCUUUCAAUAUUUCGACCCGGAUCCAAGCUCGAGACAAUUUCCCAAGGAAUCGGUGUCGGACUGCCAGAUUGGCAUCUUCGAGAGAAUACACAAGGAGGGAGCGGCAACAGGCCCGCGGUUGUUUCAUAGGGGAUACCGGGUCGCUGUUGUCGCCGGCACCAAAACGAGAACAAUGUGCGGCGUAAAUCAUGCCUAUCUUGCCCAAACCCCGGUCCAGUUUGGAUUUCUCAGGGGUGAGAAGGGAGACCCGGCCUUGCUGCUCGGUUACGAUAACGGGCGCGCUCAUGGCAACAUGGUCCUGUCGUUUCACGACGACGAAGAACGCGUCCUACUGCAUAGCCUCCUGAUAGGUACGGCGCUACGUCCCGGCGAAGAAGUUGUUACAGAAGUGCCCCUGGUGUCUAUGACCGUCUCGAAGAACUUUGACGAGAAGAGCGGAAUACCCGUCUUUCAGAAGCUCCCGACACAACGAGUCCGGGUUGUAAAUGCAGCUAGUGGCACAGGGCAGUCCAAUGUGGUCCUGGCGGACAGACUUCGUAUGGUCGUGGAGUUCAAGAACGGCACCAUCACCGACAGAAUCAACGUUGCCCCCGGCGAGUUCAAGAUCAGGCUGAACGUGAACAAUGCGCAGUCACUUACCGUCUUGCGCCAACCACAGAAGGACCUGACCAUGGCAGUUGCGGAGGCACAAGUGGCCCGGGAACUACCCGGCGAGCUCGCUGAUGCCCUCAACCUUAUCCAGCAGAGCCAGACGUGCCGCACGUACGAGUUUGCCACCUUGAAGGACCUGCACGCGUUUGAAGCUGCCCUGACUGGGCACAAGGUCCUCUUUGACGGCAUCGCCGCGACCUUUGCCAUCUCGCGCCGCCGCAUGGUGGUCCCCAUCUACAAGAAGUGGGAGGCGGGCGCGACCCGCCUCCAGCUGGUGGAGCAGGACAACGUCGUGCAGCUCCUCGCCUUCUUCGAGGACUUUCACCACGGGCACUGCAUGGGCCUCGUGCUCAAGGGCACCGACGUCUUCGAGACGUUUGGGCGCAGCGGCAAGGCGGGCCUCAAGAUCGACGACGCCAAGUUCCCGCUGCCGAGGAAGGCGGCGGAGGAGGGCGGCCCCAUAGACAACGAUGCCGCCUUUGUGUGCCUCGACAUGCCGGAGCUGCCGGGAGAGCACGACGACAUCACCAUCAUAUUUGAAAGUGAGAAGGGUAAGUGA